AUGUCUGAAAAAUUUCCAGAAAUUGAUGCGCCUCAAUCAAACGGUGACGACUUAGAACAUUCUGAUUUCCUUUCUCGUGAAAAAGAGUUACUUGGUGACGAAUUCAAAACAGAUCAAGAUAAAGUUUUGGACGAAGAUAGCGAUGAUGAUAUAAAUGAGUUCAAGGAGCAAUUCCCAGAAGUUGAAGGAAGUGAAAGCGUCCAACAAGAAUUCAAAUCCAGCGAGGAUGCCGAUGAUGAAGAUGCCGAUGUUGCGCUUGCUGAUUAUGGUGCUACAGAAACUGUCAAAGAUUUAUCCCAAUCGGCGUCCAUAAAAGAAUGGAAACAACGCAGGGAUUUGGAAAUUGAGGAAAGAGAAAAUGUCAAUGCACAGAAAAAGAAGGACAUCCUUUCGAAAGCACAACAGACGAUUGAUGACUUUUACGAAAACUACAACCAGAAAAAGGACAAGCAUAUCGCUGAAGUUGAAAAAGAACAAGACGAAUUCCUCAAAAAGAGAGACGAGUUUUUAAAACAUGGAACUUUGUGGGAUAGAGUCAAUGAAUUGAUUGAUGCAGUUGGCGGACCUGCUGUUGAUUCAGAGGGUAAUGAUAAGACAAGAUUUAGAAACUUUUUGAAAAAUUUGAAAGGCAAAGAAAAAGUACCGGGAGCAGGUGGAUACCAAGAAUAG